GGCGGUCCGGGGGCGGUGGCCCUGCGGGGCUCUCUCGGCCCCUGAGGUCCUGGUGUGUAUAACGCACCUGCUGGAUAGGCGGCUGCGGCUGAGAGGCUUAUGGAAUCAGGAUGUCUGGGCUGCCCACCGUCCCGGAGCAGGGGCGCCCGGAACAGUGUUCGCCGAACUCCCCGUGCGCAGGCUUUGUGCUGGGGUUGGACGUGGGCAGCUCAGUGAUCCGCUGCCACGUCUAUGACCGCGCGGGGCGGAUCCGUGGCUCCAGUGCCCAGAAGAUAGAGAGUCUUUAUCCUCAAUUUGGCUGGGUUGAAAUUGAUCCUGAUGUUCUCUGGCUUCAAUUUGUUGCUGUAAUAAAAGAAUCUGUCAAAGCUGCAGGAAUAGAGAUGAAUCAAAUUGUUGGCCUUGGCAUUUCAACACAGAGAGCAACUUUCAUUACAUGGAACAAGAAAACAGGAAGUCAUUUUCACAACUUCAUUAGUUGGCAAGACCUAAGAGCUAUCGAACUUGUAAAAUCUUGGAAUAGUUCACUUAUAAUGAAGCUAAUACACAGUUCCUGCCGAAUGCUUCACUUUUUCACUAGAAGUAAACGAUUUUUAGCAGCCAGUUUGUUCACUUUCACAACCCAGCAUGUUUCUUUGAGAUUGACCUGGGUUUUACAGAAUCUGGUUGAGGUACAAAAGGCAAUUGAAGAAGAAAAUUGCUGCUUUGGAACUGUUGAUACCUGGUUGUUACAUAAACUCACAAAAGGUUCUGAAUUUGCCACGGAUUUUUCGAAUGCCAGUACAACUGGACUUUUUGACCCAUAUGAGAUGUGUUGGAGUGGGCUCAUUACCUCUCUGCUUUCAAUACCACUCUCUCUCCUGCCUCCCGUGAAGGAUACAAGCUACAAUUUUGGAUCAGUGGAUGAAGAGAUAUUUGGUGUGCCUAUACCAAUAAUGGCCUUGGUCGCCGACCAGCAAUCAGCCAUGUUUGGAGAGUGCUGCUUCCAGACAGGAGAUGUGAAAUUAACCAUGGGAACUGGGACAUUUUUGGAUAUUAAUACUGGAAAUAACCCUCAACAGAGUGUUGGAGGCUUUUAUCCAUUAAUUGGGUGGAAGAUUGGGCAAGAGAUUGUAUACUUAGCUGAAGGCAAUGCAGGAGAUACUGGUACUGCCAUAAAAUGGGCUCAACAAUUAGAUCUUUUCACAGAUGCUGCUGAGACUGAAAAAAUGGCCAAAAGUUUGAAAGAUUCUGAAGGAGUUUAUUUUGUUCCAUCUUUUAAUGGAUUGCAGGCUCCAGUAAAUGACCCCUGUGCCUGUGCCUCUUUUAUGGGUUUGAAGGCUUCCACCAGUAAAUACCAUCUUGUACGAGCAAUUUUGGAAUCAAUAGCUUUCAGAAACAAACAGUUAUAUGAGGUGAUGCAGAAGGAGAUCCAUAUACCUAUAACAAAAAUCCGAGCAGAUGGAGGAGUUUGUAAGAAUAGUUUCAUCAUGCAGAUGACUUCAGACCUGAUUAAUGAGAAUAUAGACAGACCUGUCCACCGUGAUAUGUCCUGCGUAGGGGCAGCUUCUCUAGCUGGUCUUGCUGUUGGGUUUUGGACUGACAAGGAGGAACUAAAGAAACUGAGGCAAAGUGAAAUGGUUUUCAAGCCACAGAAGAAAUGGCAAGAAUAUGAAAUCAGUAUGGAAAACUGGAUCAAAGCAGUGAAACGCUCCAUGAAUUGGUAUAACAAGACAUAACACUAAAUAGAAUGGCUGAAACCAUAGGUGGCUGGUUGAUGUGCUACGCAGAUGAGACAAAGCUCAGGGAUACCAUUACGACGAUGGCUAAAAGAAGAUUUAAAAUGAAGUAUGCAACUUGAGAGAAAAAGCAUUUCUUUUUUGAAACAAGCAAAAUUUUAAAACUUUCAUUUUUUAACUCAAACUUUAGUAACAUUUUAAGGCAGCAAUACCUCGAAACUUGUAUCGUCUGUUUUAUAUCAAAUUACAAAGGACAUUAGCCAUUUGCAACUAUAUUUUGACAGUUAUGGGUCUUCCUUUUUUUUUAUAUACUGGGUCAGUGAUACAUAUGAACAUAAUUGUGUACUAUCCAAAACAAUAGUUCUGGGUCAAGCACCAUUCACAUUUUGUUCCAAAAUUAUGUGAAAAGUAUUCCUUUAAUUAUUUAAAACUAAGUGGUCCAUUUGAAAUACAUAUAGCUGAAAAGAAAGAUUAACUGAGGAAAUGUGGAAAUUUGAAACAUUAAUAUUUUGUAUUUAAAGCCACAGUUGUUCAAUGUUGUAGCCAAAUAUAAGCUUGAUGUCCUUCUCAGAUAGGCUUGUUAGUCACUUCUUUCCUUUAUUGGGCUUAAAGACACUGCCUUAAUUUUCCUUGUUUAACCCAAAUCUGAGCAUUAUUUAUAUAUUGAAAAAUACUAAAAUAACCCUUAGUUAAUGAAACUAAAAAGGAAUAAGAAAAUACUAUAUUUUCCUUCUCAGAUAUGGAAAUUUCCUUCUCAAAAAUGGAAAUUUCUUUUCCAUUUCAUUCAACAACUUCUGGCUAAAGUAUAACAUCCCAUUUUUUACAAAAUGUAGGUAGUAAAUAUAAAUCUUGUCUUUCUUCUCCUGUUCUUAUCUUUCUUAGUUGUUGAGAUGCUUGCAUAAAUGUCAUUUGUUUUUAUUAAGUGCCUAAUUGACAGAGCUUAAUCUGAAGAAUGUGUCCUAAUUUACCAGUGAUUUAAGAAUUGCCUUCAUUGGGGUAUUUUACUUUUCUGGGUAUCUUUUUAAUUUUUGUCCAAUCUAUUCAUCUCUAUGAGAGAUAGCUGACAGAGAUGAGAGGAGAGUAUUAAUGAAUGCCCUAGGGCCACUGAGCCAGAGACCCACUACUGAGAGGAGCACAGACAGUCCACAUUCUCAAACUUUCUUGUUAGAAACGAUGUAGAGGAUGAGUAGCUUCAGGCCAGGUGUGAAAUUACCUUAAAGCAGUUGACCACCUUCCAACCUAUUCACAUGUUAUUUGCCCCUCCUUAUAUUUGGGCUAGGUUCCCUUUAGAUUGGCUGCAAUAAUGAAUUUUCUUCAGCUCUUGGUCAGGUUUUAUCACAUAAAUUCCUACUAUUAUAGAGCUAGCCGUUAAAUAAUAAUGUAAUUAAAGAAGUGAUUGUUAUAGAGAAUUUUGUUGUUGUCGGUUUAUGUCUGUUUCAGAAGCAAAUUUGAUAGAAUUAAGGAUCGAAUUGCAUUUGUACCAAUUCCAUUUUACUGAACUUUGUCUUCUUAAAAGGAUUAAUUUUUUUAUGGAGUCAUUAUAGAAAAUAUAUGGUAUCAUUAACUCCAUUAUUUUUUAAUUUUUCAAUUAUAGUUGAUGUUCAAUAUUAUAUUAGUUUCAGGUGUACAUCAUUGUAGUUAGACACUUACAUAAUUUACGAAGUGAUCCCCUGAACAGUAUAGUACCCACUUGGCACCAUAUUUACAUUAACUUCAUUAAUUAAGAUUUGGAAAUAUUUUUGUUUGAAAUGUUUUGUUUACUGUAAUAAGUCAGAUCCUAUUAUUUAGAUAAUGCUUUAUUUUUCUUUUCAUUCUUUGUGUUUGUGUUUCUUUAUAUCCUUUUUACAAAGUUUAAUGGCCAAUGAAAGGCUUUUUUACCAAAAUUGUAUGAAAGCUGCUUUGUUGUUUUACUAUUUCUUACAGAGUCUACUUCUCAGUAGUAUGACUUCAUAGGAUAUAAUUCUGUCUUUUUGUAUUAAGAUAUAUUGAAUUGUAAUAUUAUUAAUACCUAAAAGUUUGUCGGUUCAUCACUUUUCCAUGUUUUUCUUCCUCAUCAUAAAACUACAAAAUAAAAGAUUUUAGAUCUUUUA